AUGUGGUACAAGGCCAUUUUUGCUGGCUACGAGCGAGGGCUCCGGAACCAAAGACAGCGUACAGCUCUUCUUACAAUUGUGGAUGUUUAUGCCCGAGAGGAAACAGAAUUCUACCUCUGGAAGAGGUGUGCUUAUGUGCAUAAAGCAAGAAACAAUACAGUGACUCCUGGAGGCCACGCAAACAAAACCAGAGUGAUCUGGGGAAAAGUAACUCGGGCCCAUGGGAACAGUGGCCUGGUUCCUGCCAAAUUCCAAAGCAACCUUCUUGUAAAGGCCACUGGACACAAAAUCCGUGUGAUGCUGUACCCUUCCCGGAUUUAA